CAGAAUGAGUGCAGUUCCUUUCCUCUCAGUCUGAGAGGCAACUGUUUUCUUUUUUCUUUCCCUUUUUGUUCCGCAUUGUUUUUCUUUUCCUCCUUGUAACCAGACAGGAAACACCGCAGAUUUGCUCCCCUAUUCGUCACAGUCUUUUUUUUUUUUUUUUUCUUCAACUUCUCUGCCUCUCUAGUAGUUAUUAUUGCCUGGGAAAAGGAAAAUGCCGGUAGUUGGUGUAGCUUCCAAGCUAAGGCAACCCUCUGCUGUGGGCAGCAAACCAGUGCACACUGCCCUUCCCAUACCCAGUGCAGUCAGGGCUGCCACCUCGCAGGGCUACAUGGCCCGGCAGCAGGAGCUCCGGCCCGGGGAGGGGGCCCCGGGGCUCUCCUGCCAGCUGUCAGUCAAGUCUGAGUACCAGCAGGACAGGACGACCGAGGGAAGACCCAGGGGCCAAUCAGAGGAGAGCAAGAUCUGCAAGAUUUACACCGACUGGGCCAAUCACUACCUGGCCAAGUCCGGCUGUCCCCGUCUCAUCAAGGACCUGAGCCAGGACGUCACCGAUGGAGUCCUGCUGGCACAGAUCAUCCAGAUCAUAGCAAAUGAGAAGGUGGAGGAUAUCAAUGGCAGCCCCCGGAGCCAGUCGCAAAUGAUCGAGAAUGUGGACGCCUGCCUCAGUUUCCUGGACGCCAGAGGAGUGAAUGUACAAGGGCUCUCAGCAGAAGAGAUCAGGAAUGGCAACCUGAAGAGCAUCCUGGGCCUCUUCUUCAUCCUGUCCCGCUACAAGCAGCAGCAGCAGCAGCAGCAGCAGUACUACCAGUCCCUGGUGGAGCUCAGCCAGCAGACCAGCAGCACCGCGCCGUCCACCAGCAGCCUCAAGACACAAGACAUGCAGUCCAGUAUCACAGCCAGAUAUGCAAGUCCUCCGGGCCACAGCGGAAUAGGAUCCCCGCAGAAGAAAAGCACGAGGUUACCGGGGCCCUCCAGAGUACCCGCUGCGGGCAGCGGGGCCUCCAGGAGCCCGGGCUCCUCCAACCUCAACCGCCGGAGCCAGAGCUUCAACAGCAUCGACAAGAGCAAGCCUCUUCAGUAUGCCAGCGGCAACGACCGAGAGGCGGUGAGGGGCAUGCAGAUGUCCGGCGGGAUGAACGGCGGUGGUGUGGGUGGGAUGGUUCCCACCAGCCUCAGCGGGCAGCAGCUGGCCUCUGCCAUCCCGUCCCCCACGGCCGGCAAGUCGUGGCGCAGCAAGUCCAUGAACCUCAAACACAGUGCCACGUCGUCCAUGCUGACGAGCCCUACGCACUCGCCCUCCACCGCCACGUCCCCCCACACCCUGGAAGGCCUUCAGCAGCACGGGGUGGACGGGUCCAAGGCCGGCUCGGGGGUUGCACCUCCCCAGAGGUCGAUGCUGGAGAAGUUCCGCCUCAUUAACCCUCGGUCGGCUUCCAGGGCGUCGCCAUCGAUGGCGGAAAUGGCGCUGCAGGAGGAAGACGACCUGUCGGAGUACGGUGAGGAUGGACUGGCACCCACGGGCUCCUUGUCCUGCGGGGGCAGCAGCAGCGCUUCAGCCAAACAUAUGCCUACAAAGACCCCUGCAUCAUCCAUUCACGCGUCCAGCAAACCCUCUUCAUCCACUUCCCCCUCGUAUUCAAAGGCCUCGGUCGGCGGCGGCCGAGCUGCGGCGGCGGGCAAGGACAAGGAGGACAAAAGCAAGUCUGGGAAAUAUUCAAAGGACAGUUGUCCUCCGAAAGAGGAACGUGAGACGCUUGCUGACUCCACCAAGAAGGCCUCAAAAAUAACCAGCCUCAUCCCCAAGGGAGGGAAGUCGCCAUCAGGGAAGAAAGACGGCGGCGCCCCCUCAGCUUCCAGCGGCAUCCCGAAACCGGGCCUCAAGGCUCCCUCCUCGACAACAAGCAAGCCUCAGAGCCAGAGCCAGAACCAGAACCAGGCCGCCUUAAACAGUAGUGGCAACAUGCGGGCAGGGGAGGGGGAGAGAGAGAGGGCCAAGCUGACCAAAGGAGGGCAAGGUGGAAGCUUUUACAUCCAGCGCUCCACCGGGGGCCCCGAGGGCAAGCGGACCUGCAUGACCUCAUCCACCAGCACCUCCGCCUUGUCCGGGUCCAGCGGGACCCUUGGUGGAGGAGGAGGGGGAGGAGGAGGAGGUGGGGCGCUCGGAGGGAACGGAGUUGUUCAGCUCCCUCAACAGCAGCAGCACAACCACCCCAACACGGCCACGGUGGCGCCCUUCAUGUACAGGACAUUCUCAGAAAACGACUGCACCAUGGUGGCCCCAGCCGACCCCUGUCUCAGCCCCACCAAGGGGGAGCUGGUUUACAGCAAGACAGCCAAACAGUGCCUGGAGGAGAUAUCAGGAGAAGACCCUGAGACGAGACGUAUGAGGACAGUGAAGAACAUCGCUGACCUGCGGCAGAACCUGGAAGAGACCAUGUCCAGUCUCCGGGGGACACAGCUCAGCCACAGUACGCUAGAAACCACCUUCGACACCACGGUAACCACCGAGGUCAACGGGCGGAGUCUACCCACGCUCACCACGCGCUCCUCCCCCAUGGCUUGGCGUCUGGGCCAAUCUCAAGCCCCGCGUCUCCAGGCGGGCGACGCCCCUUCGAUGCCAAGCACCUAUUCUUCUCCGCGGACGAGCACAGCGGGUGCCAGCAGCAACGCGGGGCGCUACAGUGGGCACUCGGAUCCCUCCAGGUACCUGUCAGACGGCGGCCUACACCUGUACGCCAGGAACACGGGCCGAGCCUCGGACGUGGCCCAAAGAGGAAGCAAAGAGAUGCAGGGCGACGUAGACAGCUGGGACGACAGCAGCUCGGUGAGCAGCGGCCUCAGCGACACGUUGGACAACAUCAGCACCGAUGAUCUAAACACGCCCGCGUACUCUGCUGCCAGCUCAUCACGCAAAAGCAAGGGAGUGCAGUCCCAAAAAGGCAACAGAUCCAAGCAUGGCGAGCCGGAGGUGAGCAGCAGUUGGGCUGGAGCUGAAGACCUGAAGAAAGUGGAAGAGGAGCUGGACAUAAGCAUGGAUCCUAGUAGCAGCUCUUCUCGGUGGAAGCCUUCCCCAUCCUCCUCCUCAUCCCAAACACAGGGCCAGUAUGAAGAUACUGGCCAGAAAGCAGCCGCACUGGCCCAGAUGUCCCAAACGGGCUCAUGGAGGAGGGGCAUGACGGCCCAGGUGGGCAUCACACCCCCCAGGACCAAGGGGAGCUCUGCUGCCCUCAAAACGCCAGGCAAAACUGAUGACGCCAAAGCCUCAGAGAAGGGCAAGGGACCUUCCAAGAGUUCAGCGAGCAUCCAGCGCUCACCCUCGGAUGCCGGGAGGAGUAGUGGGGAUGAAGGCAAGAAACCUCCGUCUGGCAUUGCACGCCCACCCACCACUGGCUCCUUUGGGUAUAAAAAGAUCUCUGGUCCCCCAGGCACCCUGAUCACAGCUAGCGGCGCAACCCUCGCCAGUGGCUCGGCGACCCUUGGCAAAGCGCCCAAGUCCUCGUCUGCCCUGGGCAAAGGCGCAGGCAUCGGCGGCGUGCGGAAGACCAGCCUGGAUGGCUCGCAGCCCCAGGAUGACGGCAUUCUGCUCAGCUGCAGCGGUUCCAAAGUCACACUGCAGUACCGCUCCCUCCCCCGACCGGCCAAGUCCUCCAGCGGGGUGGCGGCGGGACGCAGCGGGCACCGCUCCAGCUCGAGCAGCAUCGACUCAAAUGUCGCCGGCAAAUCCGCGGGUGGGGCCGCCGCGCAAGUGGGCGCCAAGCGCAGGGACGGAAAAGUGGGCUCGGACCGCUCCAGUCCCAUCACCGUCAACCAGACGGAUAAAGAGAAGGUGGCGGUUACAGACCAAGACCAAGCAGCGGGACUCUCCACCUCCCCAAAGUCCAGCCCCACCUCCAGUUCAGCCGGCCAGUCCGGCCUCCGGCAGCCGGGGUCCAAAUACCCAGACAUUGCCUCUCCCACUUUUCGCAGAUUGUUUGGUACGAAAGCCAGCAGCAAGGCCAGCUCCCCGGGCACGCCCGACUCUGGCAAGUGCCCGUCAUUACUGGGCAGCCCCCACGGCACGCUGGCGAGGCAGGCCAGCCUGGACUCCCCCUCCUCGGGCACGGGGAGCCUGGGCAGCGCUGGCGGCCUGAGCGGCGGCAGCAGCCCGCUGUACGGCAAAACCCCAGACCUGUGCACCGACUCCCUGGCUUCCAGCCCCGCCUCGGGCCUCUCCCUGCCCUCCAACGCUCGGCCCUGGCCCGCCUGUAGUUCAUCGGCCGGCAGCAAGGACACUCUGAGCUGCCAGAGCAUGACCAGUCUGCACACCAGCUCUGAGUCCAUUGAUAUGCCCUUGGGCCACCACGGGCCCAAGGUCACACGCACCAGCAGUGUCAAGUCCACCCUGUCUGAGGGCAUGCCUCUUGACAGAAAUACGCUCCCCAAAAAGGGACUGAGGUACCCGCCGUCCUCCCGGCAGACGUCUCACGAGGAGGGGAAGGAGUGGCUGAGAUCCCACUCAACGGGAGGCCUGCAGGACACGGGCAGCCACUCCCCGCUGUCUCCUCCGGGAGCUUCCAACACCAGCACGGGGAAAUACCACUACUCCAACCUACUGAGUCCCACCAACAUCUGCCAGUACAACCUGCCAGCAGGAAGCAGCAGCAUGAGCCGCUCCAACAGCAUCCCGGCCCAGGACUCCUUCGACCUGUACGGGGAGGGUCACCCGCUGGGGGGCAGCGCCACGUCCCUGGAGGACCGGCCCCGCGCCAUCAGCCGCUCCGGCUCCUUCAGAGACAGCACCGACGAAGUCCACGGCUCUUCGUUGUCUCUGGUCUCCAGCACGUCAUCCUUGUACUCGGCGACGGAGGAAAAAGCACACUCGGAGGGCCAAACAGUCCAAAAUUCCACGCAAAUCCGGAAGCUGCGGCGGGAGCUGGAUGCCUCUCAGGAAAAGGUGGCGACCCUGACAUCUCAGCUGGCUGCCAACGCUCACCUGGUUGCAGCGUUUGAGAAGAGUCUCAGUAACAUGACCUGCCGCCUGCAGAGCCUCACCAUGACCGCUGAACAAAAGGAGACGGAGUUGGUUGAGUUGAGAGAAACGAUAGACACGCUGAAGACCCAGAACACGGACGCCCAAACAGCCAUCCAGGUGGCGCUCAACGGCCCGGAUCACCUGCACAGAGACCUGCGUAUUCGACGGCAGCACUCGUCAGAGAGCAUGUCUAGUAUCAACAGCGCAGCCAGUCACUCCAGUAUGGGCAGCCUGGGGAAGGAUGCAGAGGAUAAAAAGAAGAAGAAGAAGAGCUGGGUGGCUGAUUCCAUCCCGGCUCAGCUGCGUAGCUCCUUCAAGCAGGCCUUCAGCAAGAAGAAGACCAAGUCACAGUCGGCUCACGAUGAGUCGGAGGAGAUGAGCGACUCAAUGCCAUCCUCGCCCAAACUGCAGCACGACAACCGACAGGGCAGCAUCGCCACGCUGCGCUCUUCCCCCUCCACCACAGAGCUGUGCGAGUGCACCGAGGCCGAGGCUGAAACCAUCCUGCAGCUGAAGAACGAGCUGAGGGAGAAGGAGCUGAAGCUGACCGACAUCCGCCUGGAGGCCCUGAGCUCGGCCCACCACCUGGACCAGAUCCGGGAGGCCAUGAACCGCAUGCAGAACGAGAUCGAGGUGCUGAAAGCAGAGAACGACCGCCUCAAGUCCAGCGGCAACGCCACGCCGACCGCCACUCCCGUCAAGACGGCCAGGCCGCCGUCCGAGACCUCCAGCACCUCCUCGUCCUCCUCGCGCCAGUCCCUGGGCCUUUCCCUCAACAACCUCAACAUCAGCGACACCAUGAUGUCAGAUAUUAUGCUAGAUGACUACGAGGGGAAUCUCCGUAAAGAAGGUCGCAGCGUUAGAAUAGUUGUGAGCAUCAGCAGCGGCCCAAACACUACCAAGGGUAAAAGACUGGAGUACCUGAUUGGGUCUAUAGGUGUGAGUGGGAAAACCAAGUGGGAUGUCCUGGACGGGGUCAUUCGACGCCUCUUCAAGGAGUACGUGUUCCGGGUGGAUCCUACGACCAGCCUGGGUCUCAGCUCGGACAGCAUCAUCUCCUACAGGAUGGGCGAGGUGGUUCGCUCUCACGCCUCUGAAGUGCCUGAGCUGCUGCCCUGCGGCUACCUGGUGGGCGACAACAACAUCAUCAAGAUCAACCUUAAAGGAAUGAAGGAGAACAGCAUCGACAGCCUGGUGUUCGACACCCUCAUCCCGAAGCCCAUAAUCCAGCGAUACCUCAACCUGUUGAUGGAGCACCGGCGGAUCAUCCUGUCAGGGCCCAGCGGCACCGGGAAGUCCUUCCUCGCCGCCAAGCUGGCCGAGUACAUCAUCUCCCAGACGGGGCAGGUGGUGACCGAGACCAACGUGGCCAGCUUCAACGUGGACCAGAAUUCCAGCAAGGACCUGCGUCAGUACCUGUCCACCCUGGCCGAGCAGUGCAACUCCGAUGAGACGGAGGUAGAUCUCCCCACCGUGGUCAUCCUGGACAACCUGCACCACAUCGGCUCGCUGAGCGACAUAUUCAACGGCUUCCUCAACUGCAAGUACUACAAAUGCCCGUAUGUUAUUGGGACCAUGAGCCAGGGAGUCUCCUCCUCUCCUAACCUUGAGCUGCACCACAACUUCAGGUGGGUGCUGUGCACCAACCACACGGAGCCGGUCAAAGGUUUCCUGGGUCGCUUCCUGCGACGCAAGCUGAUAGAAACCGAGAUCGAUAGGAACAUGCGCAGCAACGACCUGAUUAAGAUCAUCGACUGGAUCCCCAAGACCUGGCAGCAUCUCAACGGCUUCCUGGAGGCGCACAGCUCCUCCGAUGUCACCAUAGGUCCUCGUCUGUUCCUGUCCUGUCCCCUGGAUGUAGAAGGCUCUCGGGUUUGGUUCACUGACCUGUGGAACUACUCCCUGGUUCCCUACCUGCUGGAGGCCGUCAGAGAGGGACUGCAGCUGUACGGUAAGAGAGCCGUGUGGGAGGAUCCAUCCAAGUGGGUGAACGACACGUAUCCGUGGAACGCGGCGUGCCUGCAGCAGGACGGCCAGGCGCUGCUCCAGCUCCGGCCGGAGGACGUGGGGUACGACGGCUACACCUCGUCCAAGGAGGGGGCGUCGGCCAAGCAGGUGUCCCAGAGCGACACGGAGGGAGACCCACUGAUGAACAUGCUGCUACGGCUGCAGGAGGCGGCCAACUACUCCAGCACGCAGAGCUGCGACAGCGACAGCACCAGUCACCAUGACGACCAGCUGGACUCCUCCUUGGAGUCGGCGCUAUGAUGGACAGAGCGGCGCCGGCAAACCCUCGGACCCUGUGAACCCCCAGAACCCCCAGAACCCCCUGGAACACCCGGACUCCUCCCAACCCUCACUACCAGAGACCCCUCCAGUCCACAGAUGUAUGAUAUAUGAAAAGUUUUAUGAUCCAAAAUGGUAUACCCACCAUUUGAAAGAAAAAUGCCUAUUUUUUCAUAGUGAUGGUGCAAUAUAAAAAUCAAAUUAUUUUAUGUUUUAAGAAGCUUUGCAAACCAUGUCCUCAGUGGUCAAAAAAAAAAAGAGAAAAGAUACAUGUUGGAUCAUGUCUAUUUUACAGACAUCAAUUCGCAUCGAGCAGUUAUUUUAAUGGAUGUAUAACAUUUUAAGAAUACAACUUUUCAUAUAUGUUUAUGCGUGAUGUUUCCGAUGAGGAGCUGAAGCUCCUUUGAUGUUUACUUCCACCGAACAAAUCCCGUGUGUGCAGCCACUUUUCACGCCAUUAGCUCAACUUCAAAACAUCAAAAAGUCCAAAGUGUCACUAAACGAUGAGUUUAACGUGACCGACUGGAUUGAGUUUUUUUAUUUUUGUAUUAUUCUCGUUUCACCCAGUGAUACUUAUAGAUGUUUACAUUGGGAGGGCCGUUUCUGUUCAGUCUUUCCUUGUUUACAGAGGUGCUUCUCGCGGACACGCAUACACUCUGAUGAAUGCAUUCACACGAAGGCAGCAGCAGAAAAACCUCCACGUAGAGACUUGAUCGGUUCAAGCUCUUGGUUGAUGAAUGAUCCCGGGCGUGGCAGAUUGUCCUUCAGCAAGGCACCUUCUCCACGCCACAUCUGGGCAAACGCUGAUCUCUGAUCUUACAUAACAGAGGGAAGCAAAAAAAAGAAAGUAUUUCAAGUGGUCCAAUGCUCUCUGGUGACCAAAACCACGGUGCUUUUACACAAAUUGGAUUCCUCAUUGGAUUUUCUUGUGUUGUCUCAGUAACGCUAAAGCAAAAACGUGAUAUUUAUUGCAAAAAUGUCAAUGUCUUUUUACCGUUCCAAAGGUUAUGAUGUCACCAGACGGGGCUGAUUUAAAUACGAGUGCGAGGCCUUUACAGCCCCAAACAGGAUCACAACAAUAAGUACAGCAAAAGUAGUCCACUUGCACUUGUUUGCCCUGAGCUCAGCCGUCAGUUAAACCCCCCCCCCAACCCCCCCCUACAGGGGGGCUGGUCUCUAGGCCUGAACCUCCUCAGUGUCAGGCACUGCCAAGCCGCUCCUCGCGGCCCCUCAUGCCAACGACAAGCACAACGAAAGCGAAUUGUCUGUGUGUCAUCCAGCCACACUGCUACUGUGAAGACAACAUGGAAAAGUGCCAAUGUUUCCCCCCUUUGAUUCGACUGCCAAAUGUUUGCACCCACGGACUUUGAAAGCCACAAAGGUGGUACAUUUUUCUUUAAGUCUCUCUUGGCCUUCCUGCACAACACAGCUUGUGUCGCUCUUUGGUGCUGAAUUGCGCCGUGAGAAUUGAAAAGGCGUCGCCCUCCGGCUGCUCUCACUGCAAGCGCCAGCUUGGCUUGGCAUCUGCAUCAACCUGCAUCAAGAACCAUGUGGUUGAUGCGCAAAGGGAAGCUCAGACAGUCAGAGGAAAAGCACCAGACUGGUUGGAAAUAAAGUAAUAUUAAACUGGGCAGUGCAAACUGACUGUUAAAGGAGUUAAAACAGACAUCUCCGUCCCCCUGGUACCAAAUUAAAACAAAAGUAUUACAUCUUUAUAGAAUUUAACUUGAUCAACCAAAAGCUAAAUGAGGGAACAACGGUAUUGGUGCUUUCUCACUGCCUUAGAUGUUGCUUCGUCUCCUGAAGCGUCCUGUUCCCGCGGGCUAUAGUGAGGAGUGAGAUGUUUUAAGCGUUGAAUGAUGAUCUGCUUCCUGCUAAUGUCAAAGAUGCUGCUUGUAGUCUCUUUGUGUUUGCUGCCCCUCCCUCUUCCUCCAAAUCACCCUCUCUUCUCUCUGACAGUCAGAAAAUGAAAGAUUUGACAUUGCAUUUGAAUGAAAAACAGAUUAAUAUUGUAGAAAAACACACACACACACCCAAACAAAACAAACCUGAGAGGUGGUGGUGGUAUUUUUUAGUCGUCGUCUUGUGCCCAGCUGAGCUGGGCUCACUUGAACUGACAGGAGCACAACCAAACUGUUUAAGGUUUUCUAGCUUGAUAAAGCAUGUUUUGAAGCUUUUUAAAGGGGAUGCAUUGAGAAGAGACCUGUACCUUUAUGUAUGCGUGUAUUGGAUGGAAGCCAUUUAGAAUUUUGAUUGUCCUCUCUUUGCUUAAGUGGGUUGGUUUUGCACAUUUUGAGGUUUGGGGUGGGUUGUAAAUACUUCCAAGUCUUGCACAGUGAAUCAAAGAUGCAUUCUACCCUGUCGAUGUUACAAUACGCUUAACCCGUUGAGUAAAUUAUUGUACUUUGAAAACGGAGAGAGAAAAAAAAAGACAAAUGCAAAAACUCCACACAUGGUCAGAAACAGGUAUGUGUCUUGUGGUGAUUGGAUGUUUUGCCUAUGCAGGAGGUAUACAGUGUACAGUAACGAAACUGUUUUUAACUCACUAAAAUUCACAUACUGAAAAAAUAGACACUUCUUCAAUACUGUUUUUCCUGCCGUCAUAUCCGUCGGACCCUCAUUGUCAUUGGGGAAUGCCUGUAUUUCCCUAGAGGCACUUCCUUUCCGAACAGUGUGACCCAAACUCAAUCUCCCCUACGAGGCUUGCUAGCUGUCUGAGGCACCGAAGAUGACCUGACAACGUACUGUAAAAAACAUCUAAACAGGUGCUACUGGUCAGUCAAACCCAACCAGAGACCAAGAAGUCAUUUUAGUCACAACCUCAGGACAAACCCUCUCCUCUACAAUCCUACCUGUGCUCAGCUUCUUCCCGUGUCUCUGCAGCCAAGCCUCAGAGAGUUGUGGUGUGAUUCUGGUCGAAUCGGCCAGCCUUAUGUCUACAAGGGUGUGUAGUUGCAUGACUUAAGGGGUAGUUGCCGUGGUUACAGGGCUGCUCCUUACCUACACUGACACCCGUGUAUCCAAAACCCUAUCUCCACUCCUGUUAUAGGCCAUUGUUUCCCAAGAUAGCGGCGCCUUGACACCAUUACCAGUGUGCACCAUGGUGUUGAUGAUCAACUGGUCAUUGUUCUCCCCUCACACUUUACAGUUACAUCUCAGUUGGAGACUAUUGCAUUUACUCUGGUUUGAGAGAAAGUUUGUUUGGUUUUUUUUUCUUUUAUGAGUGAAACAUUUGUCCUUAAAUGUUUUAUAUUUUGUACAUUUGUAUGUAACAUAUCAUGUAAAUAUACAGAGACAGUGAUUUAACUCAUCUGGAGGAUUUUGUAGUCUUUGUAAAGCCCUAAUAAAUUGUAUUUG